CAUCGACAGCUCACCAGGUUAGUGCACCGCGAACAGCCCGACCGACGACACGGACUAACCUGGGGUACCAACCCAGAGAGUACCGACGACUCCACAGUGAUAAAACUUCGGCCGCGACAGUCGUUCCAUUGUUGCAGUUGGAUUUUUUCCUUUUUUUUUUUUUGUCGGCUCGAGAGAGAGUCGCCGUUGUUCCGCUACGCCGGUUGUGUGAAAGUAACCAGCGGAGUGCCGUUACACAAGCCGUUUUCCCAAGUGUUCCGGACGUGGUGCCAUGUAAUUGCUGGGCGCCAUGAUGAGCCAGGAGGUACUGCAGGUGGUCCACGAGAAGGACCCCUGGAUCGAGGAGUCCGGCGACAUACCCUGCCACCACGACGCAUCGUGGCCCAACAUAGAGGAGGAGGCGGUCCAGAUGGCCGACAAGAAGGGCCGCAGGAAGUCGUGGCACGCCAUCAAGUUCGAGAGGAAGAGGCGGAAGGGGGUGGUGGAAUCGGGAUUACCGGGAGAGGCGAGGCAGAAGAGGCCGUCCUGGUGGAAUAUCUUCGCGGCGGCCAACCAGUGGCCUAGGUCUCGUAGGGCGUCCCAGGAUGGCGGCAGGGUCACCAAGGAGAACUUUCCAUGGAUGCGGAGCAAGAGCAGAAGCGUGGAUCACGGAAUAUCCGCCCCCUACGAUCUCGAGGCUCUCAGAGCAAAAGUGGACGGUCAAUUCGAUAGAAGCCUUGAAAAAGACCUAGACGGAUCCACCAACAGCCUCAGCGAGAGGAGAAAGACAGGACCACCAGAAAAUACCACUGUAUACACGGUCGCAGACAGGGACACGCUGACCUCUGUGGCCGCGAGAUUCGACACCACACCCUCGGAACUGACCAAGCUUAACAGGUUAGCGACGCCCUAUAUCUUUCCGGGGCAACAGCUCUACGUACCCAACAGGGAAAGUGCAGAGAAUGAAUCGGAAGGUUCCACGCCAGUAGAGGACUCGCACGAUGAUCUACCGCCCGAAGAAAAAGAACUCCUGGAGAACCUGCGGCCGGUCAGCCCCAAGCCCGGCCACGUGGAGAGGGUCCGGACGCCCUCCUGCACCCAGGGCUCCAGCACCGAGACCGACGACCAAGAAUCCGCCGUGUUCAGGGAGCGCUUCCUGAAGAUCAACGUGCGCCACAUCACCGACGGCCAGGGGGUGGUGGGGGGCGUGCUCCUGGUCACCCCCAACGCCGUCAUGUUCGAUCCUAACGUGUCCGAUCCCCUGGUGAUCGAGCACGGGCCGGAGGCGUACGGCGUCAUAGCGCCGAUGGAGUUCGUGGUGAACGCUGCCAUCUACAACGACAUAGCACACAUGAGGGUGGGGCACGUGGAGUCGAGCUCGGGGGAGAAGCCCGAGAUCUACUACCCUAAGGCGGACAAGGAGCCGGAUUCGUUGAUGGUCAAGGACGAGACGUUUCCUGAACUAGUUACCGGAGAUGACGCGGAGUCCGUCUGUUCGUGUACAGAGAGGGAGGGCGAUGCCUUCCCCAAAGCCUUCGAUAGAGAUCUCGUCACCCCGACCAACCUCGAAGACGCCGAGGUCCAACAGAGGGCGUUAGAGGAGAGGAGAAAAUCAUUAUUGGACCACCAUUGGGCGAUACCGUCUAGGGACAGGCAGUCCAUAGAUACAGAUGAAAUGCCCGUACUGUCGGCCCCGCCCGUAGCCGAGGAGCACAUCGACGAGGAAGAAAACAGCUUGGCUAAGGAAAGCUGCCACGAUUCAGGGAUCGACAUUAGGGAGACUAGUUUGCCCCCCGUUGUACCUAUCCCCACCAAAAAGUAUAGCGAUGCGGACAUAGUCCUGUCGAAGGAAUGGGUGCCUCCGAUCACCAUAGCUCCUACAAAUGUGAGUAUGGGUAACGAGUCGGAAAGUCCCGCGAGGAAGAAAACGAACUCGGUGUCGUUUAGUUUGGAUUCCAGUUCGGACGCCGACAUGGGCGUCACGCCCCUGUCGACGAGCAACCUGGAAACCAAGGAUGAUGUUGAAAAGGCUGAUACUAGAAAAAAUAAGAUGUUAAAAAGACUGUCAUAUCCCCUAUCAUGGAUGGAAACCCUCGGCGGCGAAAAAGACGACGAUAAACCCCCUAGUCAUCCUCAGUCGGCGGCAGACGUUCACCAUUCGUCUGUUUUCUCCAAGGUGUUCUCGAGCUCGCCCAUUCACCUGGUCGACUUCGGCACCGGGCUGUUCCACAAGACUCCCUCGGAAGACAGCGGCUCCUCGGGAGGGCCCCAUUCCAGCGGCAGCGGGGGUCCUCCCCUCACCGACUCGCCACGUACCAACGGUUCCGGCACCUCCACUGGCAGCAGCUUCUUCCCCACCAACAUCAUCAGCUCGGUGGGGGCAAUGGGGGCCCAGGUCGGCGCCCAAGUGGGGGCGAUGGGGGCCCAGGUGGGGGCCUCGGUUGGGGCCAUGGGGGCGACGGUCGGCGCCAUGGGCGCCCAAGUGGGGGCGUCGGUGGGGGCCGUAGGACGUUCCUCCGUUGGGACUUUCAUAAGACAGCCAACAGAUGGGAGCUCCAAGUCCAAAGCGCCACCCCCGAAACUGGACUACAGGUCGAUGGUGUCGGUGGAAGAUAUGCCGGAGUUGUUCGUCUCGUUUGACAAGCUGAUCCCGAGGCCGGCGAGGUCCUGCGAGGAUCCCCCGUUGUACCUCCGCCUGAGGAUGGGCAAGCCCCUCAACAAGCCCAUUCCAAAGUCCACGCCCCUGAUGUCGUACGGCAAGAAGAAGAUGAGGCCCGAGUAUUGGUUUAGCGUGCCCAAGAACCGGGUGGACGAGUUGUACAAAUUCAUUCAGGGCUGGGUGCCCCAUCUCUACGGGGAGCUGGACGAGGAGAAGGUCAGAGAAAGGGGCUUUUCCUUGGUGGAGAUGGACACAGAGCUGUGGAGCGAGGAACCCACCCCUUCAGCAAGCCGCCACGGCAGUCAGGACGGAGAAAUUUCCGAACUUACCAAAGAAAGCUGGGAGCUUAUCAAGGCCCCCUAUGUUAAGAUCUACAGCAUCAUCAAGACGCAGACAAUGUCGGCAGACGGCAACGAUGAGGUGCUGCCCAUGUCCGAGGAAUUCCGGAGGGCAUUCUACUCCUCCUCGGCGGCGCCCUCUCUCGACAUAGAACUGUCGCCGCCCGACCUAGUCGGCACCACCGAGAUCCUCACCGACUACCACCGCGAGUGCUUGUGCCGCCACCUGCCCGCCAGGGCAGAGGGCUACGCCUGGACGCUGAUCUUCAGCACCAGCCAGCACGGCUUCAGCCUCAACUCCAUGUACAGGAAGAUGCAAAAGCUGGAGUCGCCCAUCCUGAUGGUCAUAGAAGACACGGACAAUAAUGUUUUUGGUACCCUAACCUCCUGCGCCCUCCAAGUGUCGGACCAUUUCUACGGCACGGGCGAGUCCUCGUUGUUCACCUUCACGCCCGACUUCAAGGUCUACAACUGGACGGGGGAGAACCUGUACUUCAUCAAGGGCAACAACGAGAGCAUCAGCAUCGGGGCGGGCGACGGCAAGUUCGGCUUGUGGCUGGACGGCGACCUUUACCUGGGCCGUUCCGAGUCGUGCAAGACGUACGGCAACGAGCCGCUCACGCCCAAGAUAGACUUUGUGGUGAAGACUUUGGAAUGCUGGGCCUUCAUAUCCAAUUAGAAUCGUUAGGGAGUCACGACGCGGAGUAUAUCGGGGGUCGAUUUUAUUUUUACAAUUUACAUUAGAGGAAGCUUUAGACGUAGAGCGACACUAUUGCACAAUUGUUGGUGAAACAAAAAAAAAAGUAAAAAUAUAGCUUCAAAUCAUUAUUACCGGUAAGGAUGACGGCUGCCGUUCCUUUAUAUAUUAUAUAUAUCCGAGUUGUUCAAAUUAGUUUGUUAUGGAUAAUGUUACGCUUAACUAGAUCAUUAUGAAUAACUGUUAUCGUAUGUAUAUUUAAUGGUACCUUGCGUGCAAAUUUUAACGUAGCCUUUUCUUACUUUUCAUUAGGUGGAUUACUGCUCUUGUUUAGUUCACUAGUCAUUUUUGUAUUGUUAACGUGGUGGAGCGGGUGAGUUUCCAGCGAGCCGUUUCUAGUGCGCGCGCGCUUGCUGUGUCACAACGAAUGACUGGUCGGUUGGCGGCACCGGAAACCGUCACGAGGGAAUAACCGUCGUAGUGGCGCCUGGUUUAAUCUUUUUUGUUCCACUUCUUCCCUUCGUUUUAAAUAGUGUCGACCUGUCAAGCGACGAGACUUUUCACGCCGAUUUCUUUUUAAUCGUACUUUCGUGGUCGGUUUUUGUCAAAAUUAUUUAUUUUCAAUUUUGUAACACUGAUUUUUGGAAGUCGAGUUUAUUUUCACGUUAUUUACAAGGUAGUUCAGACAAACUCGUUUAUUUUUAUUAUUACCAUCGCCAAAAUAAGUUUUUGCAGGUACUUUUUUUUUCAUCAAAAGCUAAAAUUGGUUCAACAAAAUUGAAAAAAUUUUUAUCUAGUUGCAACAAUUUGCUCCAAAAUCACAUUUAUUUUGAAUUUUCAUUACUCAAAUUAUAUAAAAAAUAAUAGAAAACAACUGUUUAAUAUUUUCCACCCUGUAUAGGGUGUCAAAAAUAUUUUGGGAAAUUUUCUCCAAAAUGGUUGAAGGUAAUAAAAACCUAAAACUGUCAUAUUUUCAGUGGCUGACUCAAAUACGGGUUAAAAAUAUUUUAUGCGGUAUUUUUUUUUUUCUCAGAAACGUACCCCUGACAUUCAGUUGUAAAACUUUUUAUUAUUUCAAGAUAUUGCCAAAAAUCAUUUUCCUGAAAUUCUUGACUUCCUUAUUCGCGUAAAGUCAUUGAUUUUAUGCAAGAAUUGGGCCACUCUAUAAAUAUAUUUGUAAUUUGUCACAUAAAUUUGAUUCACUCUGUAAAAUAACUUUAGGCGUGUUUGUUUUGAAGGAAAACAUUGAAUCUGAACUGGUUUUUUGUGUAUCAAGGCUGAGAAUUUCGGGACAGUGAUUUUCGACUGUUAAUACCUCAAAAAUUGUUGAAAAUUAGAAAAAAAAAUAAAAUGUAAGAAGUACUUUCCAAAGGCAUCAAAACAGGAAAACGUUUUUAAGGAAAACAGUUACCAAGUUCUGUCAGGCGCUAAUAGUUUUUUUAUCCUAUUUCUCAGGAUAUGUAUAUCACCCUGUAUAUUUCAUAAUUACAAUGAAAUUUUUACUUAUUCAUGAUUCAGUGAUGUUAAACAGCAAGUAAACUGAGAACUAUUACUUUCAAUAGUACCGAUAAAUUAUUAUUAAAAUUAAGACGUUUGAACUACUUGAUCUGAUUUUUGACCUGCACACUAGAAAUUCAUAAUUAAUUUAAAACGAACAACAUAAAAUGGAUUUUGAGAUAAAUUGUUUCAACUAAAUCAACUUUGGAUCAAUUUGAAUGAAUUUCUUAAAUAGCAUUCGAGUGUUUAGUAGAAAAAAAUUUAUUUCCAAUUUUUAGCCACAGAUGAUGACAAUAGUAAAAGUAAACGAGUUUAUGAGGUUUGUGUAUAUUAAUUUAUCUAAUUUUUUCUCAUCGUUUUUGAAAUUUUGGAAAAUGACACGAAAAAAAUGUUAAUUUUGCAAAUGUCAAAAAUAUCAUGUGAUUGGGCGCCAGUUGCCAUUAUUUUUUAAACGAAAACGAUCGAUCUUGUACCGAACUCUAAAUUAAACGUGCAUCAGAAGUGGGAUAAAAAAGACGAGAUUGUGGAGAGUCAUUGGUGGUUUCCACAGUUGAGGCAUUUACAUUCUGGUUAAUUUUAAUGAAAUCUACGCAGCCAGAGGGGUGUACGAUUGUGUUGUAGCAAUUACGGUGGGAGGGGGCGAUGGGGGCUGUAGUUUAGGUCUAUCUGUCAAUUAGGUGCGUAGAGAACAUGCCAUAUCAGUUGUCAAUUUAAUGAUUUUAAUGUUAGAGGCUGUUAUGCGGACUGCGCGUCCGACACCCUCCAGUUGGCUAAGUAGGCUCUGCCCUGCGGAACAGACCUACCCUACGUUCAGCUUAUUAGCGUGAGGCGGCAGUCCGUAACUAUUACUAUUAUUAAUUAUUAUACUUAUACCUACCCUAGAUUAGUUACUCGAUGUCUAAGUUGUGUACUAUAACAUUUAUUUAGAGGAUAUUUAUCUGUAAAAAUACUGUAUAUAAAAUUAAUAUUAAUAGAUUCUAAUAGUUGUAUUUUA